AUGAGAGCACUGUUCCUUACUGUAGCGCUUAUCGUCCUCCACACUGUCAACUGCGCUGACAAUCGUUUAGCUAUGGCCACAAAGUGUGUGAACACUCUUGGAAUCACUUUUUACACUGCUGCACAGCUGAACACUAUCUUCGCGUGUGCUGACCCGCAGGUUUAUGCAACUCCAACAAAUACGACAGCUAUGAUUUCAGUAGCUAAAGACUGCAUCAUCAACAAUUCCGGUUCAAAAGCUCUCGCAGCUCUCAGUCUGUAUACAAACAUCAACAGUUGUCUCAGUCCGGACGACAUUCUUACAUUGGCCACGGAAUGGGCAACUCCAUUGACGAAGCUAACAAAGACAUUGACCAAUAAGUGUCUCAAAAAGAUCAAAACAUGUAAAGCAGCUGGUACCGCACAAGAAGCAUGUCUUCAGAAGUUGUACACCCUCGCAAAAGCAGCAAUCACUAAAGCUUAUGUGGAUAAGAUUUGUAAGAAGUUUGUGAAGCAGAACCUGAGCAAAUCCCAAUACGCGUGUGGUGUCAAAUAUGCUCCACAGGUCAUGACAAUAACUGGUUACAAGUGUGCAACAUUGACAAUCACCUAA